AUGUGGAUUUUAAGAUACGAGAAUGAGUUAGAAGAUGGUACUUUAAGGAAAGUAUCUUGCUGUUUGCAGAAAUGGAAAAUGUACAGUAUAGGCAGGUCAAGUAAAAAUCCACUAACGAUAAAAAACGACAAGAGUAUAUCCCGUCAGCAUAUAACAAUACGAUGGGACUGUAAUAAUGAAGGAACUGGGACUGUCCUAAGUGUGGUAAAUCAAGGUAAAUUGACUGCAAUUGACGAAAAUUAUAUGAAAAGUGAUGAAUCCAAAGCUUUUGACGAUGAGACAUACUCCACAGUGGUAGUCAAACUAGGGACGAAGCCUGUUGUAGUCAGAAUUAGCUGGACGCCCAUAUUCUGGGAUUUGUCGAAAGAUUUCUUACAAUUUGAAAAAAGCAUAAACAGCAUGGGUAUUUGUACCCAAAUGCAAUCUAGCAAUGUCAGAGAUAUAAGUUUAGUCAUAAAUGAUGAAAAAAGUAACUGGAGUAGGAUCAUGUUUGCAUUAUUGAAGCAAAAUUGUACAUUGGUGAAACCAGUACUACUUUCUGAAGUCUGCAACGUCUUGCUGGCUGACUGUCAGACUAAUUUUGAUGAGAUAUGGGCUCAAUUGUUCGAAUCAUUCAGUAAUUAUACUGUAUAUCCAGGUUUUACUGUAGAAGGUAAUGAUAUACUGAGAGCGUUUCAAGAUGUUCAAUUUUAUACAGUGGGGAGCAUAUCUCAUGACGAUUUACUUUAUCUGAAAGCAACUGUUUCAGAACUACAAGGAAACUUUAAAAGUUUUGAUACGGCCGACGAUUUAGUUACCUAUAUUAAAACUGUUAACCACAACUUAUUGAAAUGUAUAGCUCUGAAGCAAGAAGAUCCAGCGCCUGAUGAAAUUCAAGGCAUUAAAAUAUAUGCUAUUAAAGAGAUAGUACAAGCUAUACUCGAUGGAAACUUCAAAAAUCUACCUACUCACAUUGGACGAUCUAAUACUUCCAGAAAGAGGAACUUCACGGACUCGAUUUCUCACUAUAAUGAAGAUGCUCAACGAAACUCACACGUGCAUCCUGAUAAUACUAGCACACUAAACACAAACACACAUGCAACUAUAAGCGCUGCAGCGGAAGCAUCAAGAGAAGGUGGUGAAAGUCUUGAGCCCCCAACAGUUAUGGGUCCAAGUCCAACUAAGAGAAGAAGAUUGGUUAGGCGAACAGUGAAACCGUUGGAUAGUUUGAGUUUUUUUGCUGGCGGGUCCACUAAUCCCAGUACAACAUUGAAAACUGUAAGUCCUGUCGUUCCUUCGAAUGCUUCAAACACUACUUCAGAUGAAAAGCCGAAUAAAGUAGAGAGUAAGCUAGGUGUGAACAAUGCUCGAAGAGAUGAGCAAACCAAUGAUCAAGUCGAUGUAGUCCAGACCGCAUUACAGUCUUUAUCAUCUCAGCCUACUACCAACCGCUCGAUCCAGAACAAAGGUAUCUUACGUACAGAGAAUAACGAUGAAAUGCUUACGAAUGCCAGUAUAAAAAGGCGUAAUAUGCCGCUCAAACCAUUGUCGCCAGACGUAGAUACAAAUUUGCUCAUUCAACCUAUUGAUUCAAACUCAAAUGUCUCUCAAGAAACUAACGUACCUAAAGAAAGCAUGGAGGAUAACGAUAAUUCCUCCAAUACAUUGUCUGAAGUGAACAGAAAUAUCCUUUCUAGGAAAAGCGAAAGUGGCCCCCAUAAGUUCGACGUAUCUCUUACAAAACGCAGUAAAUCUCCUGCUGCUUUCAUUGAAGCUGUUCAAUCAACGAAAACUAGGGAGGUAAAACGUAUACGAACAAAAAUUGUAGACGUAUCGCCAUCAGAACUAUCAGAAGAGGCCAUUAACAAGUUAUCGAACCUAACAAUAGUUGAAAGCAAUCCGAACCUAAUACGUGAAAGAAGAGCCGAUAAAAAUGAUAGCGUCAACGAUAUGUGGAAAGGCCGGAGGAAUUUUAAAAAGUUUAAUAAAGUAUGGCCCCAGCAUAGGGACGGUUAUGAUUCAUUAAGAAAUAAUGCUUUCUUGAUUAUUAGAAAUUAUGUCGAAUUAAAGCCUUACGAUGGUAAACGCAAUGAUAAUGAUAGCAGUGAUUUCCACGAAGGACGGUCGCAUUUUAAUGACGAAAAUGAUUAUGAAGUCAUACGUAGAGGAAAUCCUGCAGUGAGCGAAGAUGAUAUUCUAUUGAACGAAAUGAGGACAAAAGCCAUUGGUUUGACAGAUAAUGGAAAUGAUGAAGAUUUCACGCGCAUUGCUAACUCUGAUCAGGCUGUUCCAACGGUACACGGAGUUUCUAGAUUAUUUGUGGCAGAUGAUGACAGUGAGGAUGAACUUCAGGAAGAACGGCUUGAAAAGGGAUUUGGAUCAAACAGAAAUUCGAACCAUUCGUUUGUUAAAGAAGGCUCUACUUCAGGAAUUCUUAACGAUUUUUCUAAAGAUACUGUUUUAAGAUCUCACUUAGGUAGGAAAAAAGCAUUUACCCAAAUAGAUAGUGGUGAUGAGGACGAUGACGGACCAAAGUUCAAGUUCAGAAGGAAUCGUUAG